AUAUCUCUGGAUUCUGUAGACGUUUUAGCAGCAAUAAAGACCAUAGACAGCAGUAAAGCUCAAGGGCCGGAUAAGAUUCCAGCAAAGAUUUUAGUGGAGUGUGCUGAACAAAUUUCUCCAUCUCUAACAGAUUUAUUUAAUUUAUCCUUGCAAUCGGGCACUCUGCCAACGGAAUGGAAACUAGCUAACAUCGUGCCUUUAUUAAAGAAAGCCCCCGCUGAAAAAGUGGAAAAUUAUAGGGCUAUUUCCCUGCUUUCCCUGGUGUCGAAGUUGCUUGAAAGGUGUAUUCUCAACAAGAUCAUUGAUCACAUAGCCAGUAAUCUGUCCAACCUUCAAUUCGGCUUCCUCAAAGGUAGAUCAACAACGUCUCAACUACUCUCAGUUUAUCAUAAAAUUCAAGAAGCUAUGGAUGCCGGCAUACAAACUGACAUGGUAUUCCUAGAUUUUUCCAAGGCCUUCGACUCUGUGAACCAUCAUAAACUUAUAUUCAAGCUUAAACUAUUCGGUAUAACUGGUAAACUACAUGACUGGUUAAAGGACUAUCUCUCGAAUCGUUCCCAGCAGACCACAGUAUUAGGGGCUACCUCAAUGCCCUUACCUGUCCUAUCUGGAGUACCCCAGGGUUCUAUAUUGGGUCCCAUACUAUUUCUGAUUUACAUCAAUGAUAUUGUUGAAGUGGUCCAUCGGGACUCUGGGAUGGCGUUGUAUGCUGAUGAUAGUAAAUGUUUCAGAGUCAUAAAAUCGUUAAACGACUCGCUCCUUUUACAAUCUGACUUAGACAAUCUGUCAUCUUGGUCUAAGUCAUGGAACAUGGACUUUAACGAGACAAAGUGUGCCAUAGUGUCAUUCACCAGAAAGCACCAUCCAAUUAUUCAAUCAUAUUCACUUAAUGGAUCCGAGCUACGAAAAGUCAACGAACAGAAGGAUCUCGGAAUCCUGACAACCAGCUCUAUGGAAUGGUCAAGUCACGUGGCUACUGUAUGCUCUAAGGCAAACCGUACACUUGGGUACAUCCGCCGUUGUUCUGCGGAAAUUGGUAGCUUAAACGCGCGUCGCACUCUCUACACCAGUCUGGUAAGAUCCCUGUUUUCGUACGGAUCCCAAUUGUGGGCUCCUCAGAAAAUCAAAUACAUAAACAUGAUGGAAAGGGUACAAAGGCGUGCAACAAAAUUUUUACUGAAACUACCGUUUCGCACAAAGGUUUCAUACCAAACACGGCUGUUAAAGCUCGGCCUUUUACCACUUACUUACUGGCUAGAAAUUCUUGACUUGGUUUUUUACUUUCGUACAUUAAAGGGAGAAAUUUUUCUCGACAAUAAUGGCUUGGUCCAAAUUAAACAACAAAUUCGUAUUUCGCGUCAUAAUAACCCUCAGUCAGGUGUUCUCGCCGAGAUACCUCGUGCUAAAACAGUAUCAUUCCAGAACAGUUUUUUUGUCCGCACAAGUAGAAUAUGGAACAGUCUAACACCAGUUGAAAGGGACUUGUCUCAAAGUGCUGCUACUUUUAAACGUAGUCUCACGAGGAAAUAUAACGGGCUACUUAGAGAUGUCUACGAUCCCGACAAUGCUGUAACUUUAAAGUCGAACUGCGUGAAAUGUCACGUGAACAGAGAACUAGCACACGUUCUCCAAAAACCGUGCUGUUUUUAA